AUGCAGCCCCACUACGGCGCCGGAGCGGCCCACCGCCAGAAGGAGUCGCCGCAGCUGUCCCGCCAGGUGGCGAAGACGGCCACUGCCGUCACCCUCGGCGGUUCCCUUAUGGUCCUAUCCGGCCUGACCAUGGCGGCCACCGUCGUCGGGCUCGCGCUGGCCACGCCGCUGCUGGUCAUAUUCAGCCCCGUCCUCGUCCCUGCCGCCGUGACCCUGUUCCUGAUUCUAGCCGGGCUGGCGGCCUCGGGAGGGUUCGGGGCCAUGGCCAGCUUCGUGUUGUACUGGAUGUACAGGUACACCACCGGGAAGCACCCGAUUGGGUCGGAGCAGGUGGACCGGGCGCGGGAGAAGCUGACCCACGCGGCGCACGAAGUCAAGGAGAAGGCCGAGCAGCACAUUGGCGGCGGCGUCGGCGGCGCCCGGGGAACUUGA